AUGAUUGGAAAUCCUUCAAAAUUAUCAGUAUUUAGUCCGAAUAAUCGAGAAAUACACGUUGGUUACGUUAAGCAAUCUAUUAAAUUACAACGUAAAAAUUCUUCUUAUUCAGUUAAAACUUCUCACAAAUUAUUUCAAGGAUACGGUAUAUCUAUUAAUUGUUUUAGGCCUAUUAAUAUUAAGUUUACUGGAUGGUCAAAAAAUUGUGUUCAUUUAAAUAUUUCGAAUUCAGAUCUUGGAAAUUCAUUGAUUGAUAUUAACGGAAAGGGAUAUACAAUGAGAUAUAAUCUAACUGGAAAUAACUAUAUAGGAGAACCACAAUUAGAACAAACAAAUACACGAAAAUAUAUAAACAAACGAUAUCCAACAGAAAGCGACAAAGAAAAGGAGAACAAAUUAAUAAUUGAUAAUAAAAAUUUAGAAUUUCAUUUAGAUUUGUCCGAAUUUGUUAAUUUAGAAGAAUUGAUUUGUUCCAAAAAUCAACUUACUAGUUUGGAUAUCAGCAAGAAUAAGCAGUUAACCGAAAUUGACUGUUCCCAAAAUAAAUUAGUUAGUUUAGAUCUAAAAACUGGUAUAGAAUUCUUGCCUGAUAGUAUUAUGAAUUUUCGAUGCUUAGCUGAUAAAAGAUCGGAAGCUAAAGUGAAAAAAACAUAUGAACAACUUGAGGCUUAUACGCUGAGUCCUAUUGAUGCUUUUCAAGGUAGAUAUAACUUGAAAGCAUGGAAAAAAAAUUGGAAAUUAAUUAAACAAAAGGAAGCGCUACAACAAGUUGAAAAAGAGUUAGAACUAGACGCUAAAUUUACAGAACUUGAAGAAAAAGAAAGUAGCUUACGUACGGGAGAAGAAGAUUUAGAAAAAGAGGAACUUAUUAAUAGGCUCAAACAACAAAAUGAGAAAAAAAUUGUCGCCCUCAAUAACGAAAUAAAAAAUAAAGAGGAACUCAUUAAUAAUCUCAAACAACAAAAUGAGGAAAAAUCUAUUUCCCUCAACAAUGAAAUAAAAGGUAAAGAGAAACUAAAUGAUAAGUUAAAUGAAGAAACCAAAAAAUGGCAAGAUUCUCUUAAGGAAAUUAAUGCUCUCAAUAACCAAUUGGAAAAUAAAAAUGUUUCUAUUAAUAAACUCCAGAAACAAACUGAUGAACUAACGAGACUAUUGAAUGAAGAAACAGAAAAAUAUAAAAACAUGAUCUUGAUAAAAAAGGGAGAACUUUCGUGGAUAAUAUUUUGGAAAAAACAAAGAAAUGUUAUUCAGACCAACGAAAAUUCUGCUUCCGAAGAGCUAGAGAAAAUUAGACGGAAAUUAAUUGAUGAUUAUGAAAUAACUGAAGAAGAAAUUCGAGAUAUUCUGCAUAAGCAAGCAGAAAAAGCUAAAUUAGAUACGCAACUCAAGUCCUUGAUAAAUUAA